AAAAAAAAAAAAAAAAAAAAAACACAUUUAUUAUGUCGACCGACGACAGCUAUGCCCCAAAGUCUCCGGACCUCUCUUCUUUUUAUUCAGGUGGCCCCACUCAGGAAGAGCUCCAUCAUCCACAACCCAACAGUCACUUUAGCCCGGGAUACGAAUAUAAAGCAGAGUCCCCAACCUACACCAGAUCUGCUUCCUUUUCUUCCUAUGUUCCACCAUCCCUAAACUUUAACAACAACAACAACGGCGGUACAUCCGAUUCUAAGUACCGGCCACAAGUCGACUACCAGCAAGCAUCACAAUUGAGAUCUACAAAACCGGAAUAUCAAUCUUACCGGUCGCGACAUUCUUCAAUCCAAGACCCCUACGUCUGUUAUUCGCCAGACAAACGUCUGUCUCCUAAUAACGGCUUUGAGGAUACCUUUGCCCCUUCACAUACACAUCCACAACACCAAACUCCAGCGCGACCCGCGCCGUACUGCCAAGCCUACCCAGAACAGACUCCGCUUUCCAACGCGACUGCGUACGACACAUCCUACGCCCCACCAGCGGGAACUGGUACAAUAGAACGCGCUUCAACAUUCGGUGCUAUACCUUUUGCCACAGACAUGCCUCCGCGCAAAGCUGCGCCGCCUGCGGCGCCCGCUAUCGACCCAUCCCCAGUCCGAACCAAAUUUCCAACUGCCAGGAUUAAACGAAUUAUGCAGGCUGAUGAGGAAGUUGGAAAAGUUGCACAGCAGACCCCGAUUGCUGUGGGCAAGGCUCUUGAGCUUUUUAUGAUUCAACUUGUCACAAAAAGCGCCGACGUGGCCAGGGAGAAGGGUUCCAAGAGAGUUACAGCACCGAUGCUCAAACAGGUAGUCGAGACCGAUGAGCAGUGGGAUUUCCUUCGUGACAUUGUCAGCCGCGUCGAGAACGAGAAGGAGGGUAGUAGAUCAAAGGCCAAGCAGGAUAGUUCAAGUGAUGAGGAGAUUGAAGAGCCCAAGAAGAGAACACGCGGCGGCAGAAGAAAGAAGGCGUCAUGAUGUGCUUUCAGUAUGGGGUAUUCUCUGUUGUCUUUGCAAGGUUUGGAAUGCGUCAUGAGGGAUAAUGAUCAAAUGGUAGGCGUUUGGGGGAACUCGUAUCAAGCCGGAGUUUGGCGCAUUGAAGACAAUUCAUCGCAUGGCUUUUGGCAUACUGGAUAUUUUAAACGUUUGCGCGCACUGGCGCGCUUGCGGGCUAUUAUAAUAUUGGUUGCUGGUGCUGCAAAGCAUCUUGGCGAGUAUAUUAGCAUAAUUACACGGAAAUCAAAGCGAAGGGACAGUGGCCAAAACUGUCACCUUGUUACUUACUGGCUACUA